AUGAGUGAAGUGGCGAACUCGUUCGGAUACUUUGGAGUGGUGAGAUUCGAGGUGCUCAAUGAAUCGACCGUCGCCUAUCAUUCGGAGAAGGACAUUUCGAGCUUCCGCAGCGCCGUUUAUAAUCAGUAUGGUUAUGGAGCUAUACCUGGAACUCCACUGAGUACGGAUUCUCAGGUUUUGGAAGCGCUGACAAGCGUCGCCAGUUCGAACAAAGUGUAUGAAAAUUCUCUAAUUGUCUUCUGUCUUGAUAAACUACCGAGAAGUCCUUCAUAUCGACAGUACGCCACAUUGGUCAGCAAGAAUGUAAAGACCGUGUUCCUGAUAGACAAGGCAUCGCUAACUCGAGAGCUCAAC